GUCCAUUAGGAAUUCAAGCGGCAUCACAUCAGGAAGCCGUCGAGAUGUCGACUCCAUCCGCCGACGCCGCACCAAUGACGGCGCUAGAGAUGCAGCGACGCCGACUCAUGCUUGAGCGUGAGAAGAUGCGCUCUCGAAGCAAGACCACCAAACUGGCUACCGACACAAUCUCAAAGUCGAACGACCCCAAGGUACAACACGACACCAACAACGACCGGCGUAGCCUGUCCCGCGAGUCCAUCUCCCCGCCAAGUCCGCUAGAUCCCCGAUGUAGCUCAUCCUCUAGUACUAACGUCCGCGGUGUUGUCGUCAAUACAUCCUCGUUUCCAACGUCCCGGCCGGACAUGUGCCCAAGCGAUAGAAAGGCGCGAGGGUCUAUCGACAAGCCCAAGAUGUCUGCAUGGAACAAGGUCAAGUCCAUCGACGUCAAGCGCGAGUUGGCUGAAAACGUCGUCGUGCGUGUGAUGGACAACGACCCCGACGACCACCAGACAGGGACAUCCUCCUCCUACUCGUCGACUGCCGCCAUCGACGCUCCCUUCUCGAUCUCGAUUCAGCUGCGGGAUACCUCUUGGCGAAUCACGCGCAGUAUCAGCGACUACAUCCUGCUUUGUCCUUUGGUUCCAGGCCUCGCCCCGCUCGACGCCGUCACAUCCGACAUGUCCCGUACCGCCGUCCGCGCUGUAUUCCAGCAUGCGCUGCAUGUCGCCUCGCGCCUAUGCGACGCAUGGGCCAUCGACGCAUUCGCCGCGUUCUUCGACAACCAUUUCGGCAUGCUGGCGCUGCUGCUGCACGCCAAGCACCUGUCCGACCGCGUCGUCGCGUUGGAAUCAGCGCAUGAAGCCACCAAAGGUCACCUCAAGGCGUGCCAGGACACGGUGGGCGCCCAGCAGGUACUGCUCAACUCCCUCGCCCCCUCGACACCCCCCUCCCUCCGAUCCGCGCCGCCGCCAUCGUCGUCCGGAUCGUUGUGGGAGUCGGCUUCGUCCCCGUGGUCUAGUGCGUCCUCGUCGUGCGUGCCGUCGACGUCGUGUCGGCACUUGGCCACGCAAACGCCCAUGUGGGUCCCGUCCAACAGCCUCCCGACCGCCGCCGACGUCCGCGCCCAUCGCGUCCUCGCGCAACUGGCCCCGUCGCCCGCCGCCGUCACCCAUCGCCAGCGCAUCUUCCAUUCCAUCGCAUCCAUCAUCAAAACGUCGUUGCGGGUGCUGGCGCCGCACGCCCAAGUGAUGCUCAUAUCCGGAUCGGCGGCGCACAUCUUCUUGCCCGACUCACCGCUGCGGGUAGGUGUGUUCUUUCCUACCCACUCGUCAGGCGACACGUUGCUGCAGUGGCACAUGAAGGUGAACGAGGCUCUGUGUCAUGCCAGCAACGCCGUGUGCAACGCCGCCAUCAGCAACGACUCCAAGAACGCAUUGCUAAUCCAACACGUGGAGCUCAGCAACGCCGCCACCGACGGCACCGGCCCCCACGUCACAUGCAACGUCGGCCACGUCACUGUCGACAUGUGCGCCAACCCUCUCCGCGACCUCCGCGGCGCCCACUUUAUGGCCAGCAUCGACGCCUUGAUCGGGCGCGACCACCUCUUCAAGAGAAGCGUCCUGCUCGUGUACGGCUGGCUGCGCUACGAAUGUCCGUCUUCGUCCUCCUCGUCCUCCCCCUCGUCGCCUUCGUCGUCGUCAUCUCCGUCGCCGUCGUCGGCCGGUCCGACCAUCGGCGCCGCCGCGCCCGUGUCUUUGUAUGCCAUCGCCACUCUCGUGCUGUAUGUGUUCAACUUGUACCAUGACUCGAUCCACUUGCCGUUGCAGGCGGCCGCACACUUCUUUGGCCUCUUCGCCGCAUUUCCGUGGGACGGCUUCUGCGUCGCGAUCGAAGGCCCGCGUGACCUCCGCAGCGUCACGUCCCCGCCGCAGCGACCGCGCGACGGCGCCGCGCCGCUGUGGAUGCCACCCCACUUGCUGCGUCGGCACCGAUCCGGACGACUUGAUGACCCGCCGCCGCCAUCAACGGGUUCGGAAGAGUCCCGUUUGAGUGUAGACGACGACGACGAAGAAGAAGUGGCAAGGAUGCUCCAUUUCCCAAUCAAACAUAUCAACAUCAUGGACCCCAUCGAUGCCAGCGUGAACCUCGGCCACGCCUUGUCAGCCAAGCAGGCGACGCAGUUCCGCCAAGCGCUGGACCUUGGCGCGACCAAAUUGCAUGGGGUUGUGUCGGCCAUGAAGAAGGAGAUGACGUCAGCAGUCUCAACUUCACUCGGCUCCACGUCCAGGUACAGACGACUCUAGUGUAUAUAGAACCAACCUGUAUGUAUAUAGAACCAACCUGUAUUACUAUUACCAUGUACUUCUAGUAUGGUAUAAUGUACUACUAGUGUUUCGCUCCUGGAUGGGUGCUUUCGACACAUUGCCCAGCGGUUUCAGACCGGAUAUCGCCCCGACACGGCGGUGGUCCCGCCCUUGGACGUGCCGGACGAUGGCGCGUUGUCUGGCGACCUCCUCCAAAGCCUGAGCGUCCUCACGGCCCCGACGCCCUCACAUCCGCCUCCGUCGUCCGUCGGCACCGCACCCCCGGGUCUGUCGCGCCCGACGCCCCUCUCCACGUCGUCCGUCGCCCCGCCAUGUCCGACCUCGGGGAAUGCCCUCGCAGUGUGCUUGGAAUCUCUUCGGUACUACAUCCAAUGUUUGUAUAUAUGAGGUACGGUGCUUGGUUAUGACGAGUGUAUAGGCAUGACGUGCUCGUGUGUGAUUUCGUCGUGACGGGGCGCGUGACGGCGCCGGCGGUGUACUCGAUGGCGAUGGAAGUGCUGGAAGACCGCGGGGCGCUUCCCAUCGGCGAGAUUGGCAAGUGUCUGCAGGAAACAGCGACGGCGGCGACGGCGCUCUCGGCCGUGCUCAAGGACCAGUUUGGCGGACUGAAAAAGUUCCUCGAGCAGUACCCCGCCGUGUUCCUUGUCAGUUCUGAUCACCCGUUCAACCCCAAAGUGUAUUUGCAUCGGUACGGAGGUGUCGUCGUUAAAGCCAGCAGCAGGGAACAUGGACUCACGAGAUCAUGUGCCUGUGUCUCGUGGUAGGAUGCUCACCGAAAGCAGUGCUGCCCAAGUGCUGGACGGCACCCUUGUCGAGGCAUGCCGGAAAAAGGUACGAGUUCGAUCUACAUCCACGAGAAACUCACAAGGGGUGUGCAGAAACCCAAGCCCACACGACGAAGCAAGAAGGCAGACAGGGACGACGACGGCGACGCGCCGCGGUCCAUCUCGCUCGCGCUGCUGCCGUCCCAGCAUGGAGUGGCGGGUCCGCCGCCGCCGCCAGGGAUCGGCUUCCCAUUGCCGCUGCCGCCGCGAAGUUUGUCCUUCGAGUCGUCGCUCAAGAAGUCGGCAGCCGCGUUUGUUCCCAACCUCAACCUGGCAUCGUCGUAUACUGAGAAUGCGUAUCGUUGAUUUCAUUGGUGCAGAGUGAAUUUAAUGUAAUUAAUCAACCAAUCCAAUCGCAGUG